AUGACUAUCUCUCGCUUUUUGACACUUAAUACGGGAUUCAAAAUUCCUACGAUAGGUUUUGGAACAUACAAUCUAAAGAAGGAAGCACUGAAAGAAGCAUUAGAUUAUGCAUUGUUCGUGGGCUAUCGUCAUAUAGACACAGCAGUUGUCUAUGGCAACGAAGAAGAGAUCGGCCAAGUCAUCGAUGACAGACAGCGAGCAGGGAAGUUGAAUCGCAAAGAUCUGUUUAUUACAACCAAGGUACCCAACACCUGUAUGAAAAGCCAGGCCGUACUAGAAAGCACACAGCAUUCGCUGCACAACCUAAGAACUAACUAUGUAGACUUGAUGUUGAUUCACCACCCAUGGGCGUGUACCAAGAAGGAACAGGGCGUCGUGACAUUCGAACGCGUAGAUUUAUUAGAGACUUGGAACGCUCUUGUGGCGCUCUCUAAAGGAGGGCAGGCUUGCAGUAUUGGCGUGUCCAACUUUACCAUACAGCAACUAGAACGUAUUGUAUCGGGAUCCGGCGUUUCCCCGGCCUGUGUUCAGCUAGAGUGCCACGCCUAUCUUCAACAGCGACGACUAAAAGCGUAUUGUGAUUCGAAGAACAUCGUGGUAUCUGCUUAUGCCCCGUUGGGUUCACCAAACCGGCCCAAACAUCACGUGCAAAGCAGUGAAAACCUCCUCAAUGACCCCGUCAUUGUGGAAAUUGCGCAAAGGUACAGAAAAACACCUGCGCAGAUUUUACUGAAUUUUCUGCUGCGACAGGGGUUUGUGGUUUUACCCAAAAGUGGAAAUCAAGCCAGAAUUAAAGAUAAUUUCGCGUCCUCGAACUUCAACAUCACACCUCAAGACUUUGAUGAGAUUGUGACUUUAGACAGAGGCUUGAGAUUUUUUAGGUUUCUUUACAUGAAGGGUCAUCCUGAGUACUUUGAAGAUGAGGAUUUUUGA